AAAGAAGAUUCAUACUACAUCAUAUUCCGAGGCGAAAAAAGAGGAAUAUACGAAAAAUAUGCACAAGUCGCCCAAUACAUCAAGACCGGAGGAAUCAAGAAAUAUGCAACUCUUGCAGAAGCCCUCCACGAAGCAGACACAUACUUGACAAAGCCAUACUAUAAAAGCCCAUAAGUAAUUCAGGCUAUGAAGCAGAAGGGCCCAGAAUCAGUCCAACCAGAACAUUUUACAGAAGCCCAGAGAACUAUACUGAGCCUGAAGACGAAGCAGAUCGAGCUCGAAGAACAGAACCAGCUACUAAAAGAAAAGAUAGGACAGCUGGAGCAACAUAACGAAGAUCGAUCAUACGCCGGAGCCGGAAAAGCCAUAACUGGAAGUGGCAGCUGUUCAGUAGAAGACGAAAGGGAAGCCUCGAAAACAAAGAGCCCCCUUUCUCAAAGUAUCCAUUCCAUAUGGAAGCGCUAAGAGCAACAUAUGGAGACGACGACUCAUCGGACUCCGACUCCGACCACUCUCCUCCGCUGUCUUUUCCCGCCAAUUCCAAUCCCCAAACGGAGGAGACGCUGUCGUCUCCUCUCCCUCCGCCUCCUGUUUCUCUCCUCCACCCUCCCAAUUCCCUUGGAUCUUUGGAUUACUUACAAACUGGUCAGCCCAGUAGAGUGAGAAGCUUCCCUCACGUCGAAGGCAACUAUGCUUUGCACGUUUACAUUCCAGUUUUUAUACCGUCUAUAUCAAAGAAAGAGAUGGGUCAAUUUUUGAAGAGAGUUUCAUCCGUGGUUCCCAAUCUCCAUGUUGUGGAUAUUGAUAUUCCAUUGAAUACACUGUGUAAAGAAGAACAUAAACUUGAACAAGUGGCAUUGGGAAGGGAAUUCCAUAUAAGUUUAGGAAGGACAGUUCCUAUUAGAGUUCACCAGAUUGACUCUAUUGUAGCAAUGCUUCGCCAGAAACUUCAAUUUCAAAAGCGAUAUUGGAUUGAUUUUAACAAAUGGGAGGUUUUUGUCAAUGAUGAUCGAACGCGCACCUUUCUUUCACUCGAAGUUGUUACUGGAGGAUUACCCGAGAUAACUAAGCAAAUUCAGGCUGUUAACGAGGUUUACAAGCUUCACAAUCUCCCCGAGUUCUAUAAGGAUCCAAGGCCUCAUAUAUCAUUGGCUUGGGCACUAGGUGACGUUAGUGGUUCCCUUAAGAAAGUGGUCGAGCAGGAAACAAAGUCAUCUGCCUUUAGAGGUUCCUUACAGAGUCGUAUUUGUACAAGUAAAGUUGGUGGCAUUGAGUGUAAAAUUGGGAAUAGAACACAUAUAAUAUGUAAAUCUCCCGAUCAAUGAUAGAAUCUCUUCAAACUCUCAAGAUGCAGCCAUCUUAGUUUCUUUAUGUUACUUUAUCUGUUAUUUAUGAAAGUCCGGAUAUAGGAUUUGCUAUUAGGUCCUCAUGGACCAUCAUAAACGUUUUCCCUCUGUAUGUUGCUAACAGGUGCUUUGCUUGUAACCUUGACACUGUAAUCAUUACCCUUGUCUUACAAAA